AGAGAAGCUGGGCGGGGCGGGAAGGUGGCAGUCGGAUCAUGGCGGACCACAUCCCUCUAUACCCGGUGCGGAGCGCCGCGGCUGUGGCCGCUGUCAACCGCAAACGCGCGGCCUACUACAGCGCGGCGGGGCCCGGGCCGGGGGCCGACCGGCACAGCAGGUAUCAGCUGGAAGAUGAGUCUGCCCAUUUGGAUGAAAUGCCACUGAUGAUGUCUGAAGAAGGAUUUGAAAAUGAUGAAAGUGAUUACCACACAUUACCACGUGCCAGAAUAACGCGAAGAAAAAGAGGAAUAGAGUGGUUGGUUUGUGGUGGAUGGAAAUUCCUCUGUACCAGUUGCUGUGAUUGGCUGAUACACGUUUGUCAGAGAAAGAAAGAAUUGAAAGCUCGCACAGUGUGGCUCGGGUAUCCCGAGAAAUGUGAAGAAAAACAUCCCAGAAAUGCUAUAAAAAAUCAAAAAUACAACGUGUUUACCUUUAUUCCUGGGGUUUUAUAUGAACAAUUCAAGUUUUUCUUGAAUCUCUAUUUUCUGGUAGUAUCCUGCUCACAGUUUGUACCAGCAUUGAAAAUAGGCUAUCUCUACACCUACUGGGCUCCUCUGGGAUUUGUCUUGGCUGUUACUAUCAUGCGGGAAGCAAUUGAUGAAUUUCGACGUUUCCAACGAGAUAAGGAAAUGAAUUCACAACUAUACAGCAAACUUACUGUAAGAGGUAAAGUGCAAGUUAAGAGUUCAGACAUACAAGUUGGAGACCUCAUCAUAGUGGAAAAGAAUCAAAGAAUUCCUUCGGACAUGGUAUUUCUUAGGACUUCAGAAAAAGCAGAAACACCAUCCCCAUUCCUGUGGAUAAUCCAGAUGAUCCAGAACCUUCCACAAGUGCAGUUAUUACCACAACUGACAAAAUGCCAACUUUGUCCACUUUUGUAUGUAUGCUCAUGCUUCAUUCGAACUGAUCAGCUUGACGGUGAGACGGACUGGAAGCUGAAAGUGGCCGUGAGCUGCACGCAGAGGCUGCCGGCCUUGGGGGACCUCUUUUCCAUCAAUGCUUACGUUUAUGCCCAGAAGCCACAACUGGAUAUUCAUAGUUUUGAAGGAACAUUUACCAGGGAAGACAGCGACCCACCUGUUCAUGAAAGCCUCAGCAUAGAAAACACUCUGUGGGCCAGCACUGUUGUAGCAUCAGGUACUGUAAUAGGUGUUGUCAUUUAUACUGGAAAAGAGACUCGAAGUGUAAUGAACACAUCCAAUCCAAAAAAUAAGGUUGGCCUGCUGGACCUUGAGCUCAACCAGCUGACCAAGGCGCUCUUCCUGGCCUUGGUUGCUCUCUCGGCUGUGAUGGUGACCUUACAAGGGUUCGUGGGCCCCUGGUACCGCAACCUCUUUCGAUUCCUUCUUCUGUUUUCCUACAUCAUUCCGAUAAGCUUGCGAGUGAACUUGGACAUGGGCAAAGCAGCCUAUGGGUGGAUGAUCAUGAGGGACGAACACAUCCCUGGGACCGUUGUCCGUACCAGCACCAUCCCUGAAGAGCUGGGGCGCUUGGUGUACUUACUGACAGACAAAACAGGGACCCUGACCCAGAAUGAGAUGGUCUUUAAGCGUCUCCACCUGGGCACUGUGUCUUACGGGACCGACACAAUGGAUGAGAUCCAAAACCAUGUCAUCGUGUCUUACUCACAGACACAGUCUCAAGCAAGUGGAAACAAUGCCAGUUCAACUCCACCAAGGAAGGCACAGUCUUCAGCUCCCAAAGUCAGAAAGAGUGUUAGCAGCCGAAUUCAUGAAGCUGUGAAGGCCAUUGCCCUGUGUCACAAUGUGACUCCUGUGUAUGAGUCCCGAGCUGGGGGCACUGGGGAGACGGAGUACGCUGAGGUGGACCAGGACUUCAGCGACGAGAACCGCACCUACCAGGCCUCCAGCCCCGACGAGGUGGCUCUCGUGCAAUGGACAGAGAGUGUGGGCCUCACCCUGGUCAGCAGGGACCUGGCCUCUAUGCAGCUGAAGACGCCCAGCGGACAGAUUCUGACCUACCAUGUCCUGCAGGUGUUCCCCUUCACAUCGGAGAACAAACGCAUGGGGAUUGUCGUGAGGGAUGAAUCCACGGCCGAAAUCACGUUUUACAUGAAGGGAGCCGAUGUCGCCAUGUCCACUAUUGUCCAGUACAAUGAUUGGCUGGAAGAGGAGUGUGGGAACAUGGCUCGGGAAGGGUUACGCACUCUCGUGGUUGCCAAGAAGUCAUUAACAGAAGAACAGUACCAGGAUUUUGAGAGCCGGUACAGCCAGGCCAAGCUGAGCCUGCACGACCGGGCGCUCAAGGUGGCCGCGGUGGUGGAGAGUCUGGAGCGGGAGAUGGAGCUGCUCUGCCUCACUGGGGUCGAGGACCAGCUGCAGGCGGAUGUGCGGCCCACCCUGGAGAUGCUGAGGAACGCAGGGAUCAAGAUAUGGAUGCUGACGGGUGACAAACUUGAGACAGCCACCUGCAUCGCCAAAAGUUCACAUCUGGUGUCUCGGACGCAGGACAUUCAUGUUUUCAGACCAGUGACAAAUCGAGGUGAGGCCCAUCUGGAGCUCAACGCGUUCAGAAGGAAGCACGACUGUGCGCUGGUCAUCUCUGGGGACUCCUUGGAGGUGUGUCUGAAGUACUACGAGCACGAGUUUGUGGAGCUGGCCUGCCAGUGCCCUGCCGUGGUGUGCUGCCGCUGCUCGCCCACCCAGAAGGCCCACAUCGUGAAGCUCCUGCAGCAGCACACAGGCAGGCGCACCUGCGCUGUCGGUGAUGGAGGAAAUGAUGUCAGCAUGAUUCAGGCAGCAGACUGUGGGAUCGGGAUUGAAGGGAAGGAGGGGAAGCAAGCCUCGCUGGCCGCCGACUUCUCCAUCACACAGUUCAAGCACAUCGGCCGGCUGCUCAUGGUGCACGGCCGCAACAGCUACAAGCGCUCGGCGGCACUGGGCCAGUUCGUCAUGCACAGGGGCCUCAUCAUCUCCACCAUGCAGGCCGUCUUUUCCUCAGUCUUCUAUUUUGCAUCUGUCCCUUUGUACCAGGGGUUCCUAAUGGUAGGGUACGCGACGAUAUACACCAUGUUCCCAGUGUUCUCACUGGUGCUGGACCAGGAUGUGAAGCCGGAGACGGCCCUGCUGUACCCUGAGCUUUAUAAGGACCUCACCAAGGGAAGAUCCUUGUCGUUUAAGACCUUCCUCAUCUGGGUUUUAAUCAGUAUUUACCAAGGUGGCAUCCUCAUGUAUGGGGCCCUGGUGCUGUUCGAGUCCGAGUUUGUGCACGUGGUGGCCAUCUCCUUCACAGCCCUGAUCCUGACUGAGCUGCUGAUGGUGGCGCUGACCAUCCGCACGUGGCACUGGCUGAUGGUCGUGGCCGAGUUCCUCAGCCUCGGCUGCUACCUGGCUUCGCUCGCCUUCCUAAACGAGUAUUUCGGUAUAGGCAGAGUGUCCUUUGGAGCUUUCUUAGACGUUGCCUUCAUCACAACUCUGACUUUCCUGUGGAAAGUAUCGGCCAUCACGGUGGUCAGCUGUCUGCCACUGUACAUUCUUAAGUAUCUGAAGCGAAAGCUUUCUCCUCCCAGCUACUCAAAGCUCACCUCCUGAGGGCCACACCAAUGAUGGGACCGCUUCCAGCACCUUCCACACCUGGGUUUGAGAGAGGGAUGUGAGGGGCUUGUGGGCACACAGGCAAGAAACCCUGUCCAUGGGUCUCACUUCAGGAUGAUCUACCGUCACAGAGGCUGGCACUCAUCCUCCCUUUUGUUAUUUUUUUAUUGUCCUUCAAAAUUCAGUUUACAUGUUGAACCAGCUUGUGUUUCUUUUGAAAUGAGCCCUAGUUAUUUCACUAUUACUGGGGUUCUGAGAAUUUAUAUUAUGCAGUUUAACAUUCACAUUCUUUCUUUGAUAUUAUAACUUAGAAUGCCAUCCCUACUUAAAUAAAAUCUAGAGCUGUACGUCCAA